UAGUGAAAUCCAACUAACAACCGGCCACCCGUGGCGCUGAUGUUGCAGCGGUGAUAAACAAAACAGACAAGUGUCAAAUGCAAACAACUGUUGAAUUUUCGUUUUAAAAUUAAGUAUUUCCGCGUUUUUGCUGGUUUUUUUGCCCAACUGUUGUGUUUAAAUUGAAGAAAAAUCAAAAUUACCUGGGAUGGAUCGCUGUAUCAUCCCGCGAUGUGAUGGCAAUGGGAUGCUUUUUCGGGUACCGAUUCCGGGAAGUAACAGGUUCUCCCGGUGGAUUAAAGUGGCUAUUUUGAGCGGAACGAGUGACGAACGGAUAUGUUCCCAGCAUUUUUCUGAAGCAGAUUUUAUCAAAACAUGCAAUAAUAUGAUGCAUGUAUUUACAGACAUUCGAAACAAGUUGAAAACCACAGCCGUUCCAACUAUGAGGUUGCCAGCUGGAAUGGUUAAAGCGAAAGAGAAGAAAGGUUGUUGCGUUGCAGGAUGCCGUACGAAGAAUAAAGCAAAUAUGGAGAAAUUUGCUACUGCAAAAUCUCGGGCGUGGACCAGGUGGACUGAGAUUCUUGGCUGUUCAGGCAUGAACACAGCCAAAUGGAAAAUAUGCCACCAGCACUUUACUGCAAAAGAUUUUACUACAGUAACCUCACGGUAUUUGAAGGAUAGUGCUGUGCCUACGAAGAAUCUUCAAAGACCGAUUAAGUCGGAUGUUGUCCAUCGUAGAAAGGACAAAACAUACUCGAUCCCACAGUGCCUAUUAGAACACAAUUACGCAAUGGAAGAUCUGCGACCAAAAAGCAACAGGAUGUGCUCAGUGUUUGGAUGCACUGUAAAAUCGAGCAAAGGCGUAUUCCUGCACAGAUUUCCGAAAGAACGUACAAUAAUUAACAGAUGGACGCAUGCUAUUAAGCUAGGAACAAAACCUACGAAAAACUCAUUUGUUUGCAGUCAACAUUUUCACGGCAGUGACUAUAACACAGGUACAAAUAUAUUGAAGAAAAAUGCUGUUCCUUCUGUGAACAUUCCUCUGACACUCCUGAAACAGGUACAGGCACGCAGGGAAGAUCCAUAUAAACGAUUCCCUGAAACUUCUCGGAGAUCAACCAUCGAACGUAACUCAGAUAGUAGCCUAAGCUACGAUAGGGCCUCAGAUGAUAAUCAGUCACUGGAAACAUCUGCAUCGACCAUAAACUCAAAUGCCGGUCCUUCUGUGUUAUGUAAAGGAAACGAUUCAGCUGAUAUAACAACAGAUGCGUUAAACAGUGAGUUCCAUGAUGACUUGCCUCCCUACCAGGCUUGCUUGAAUGAUUCAAAUAGAAUUGUAAGCGAUACAGAGGAUCAGACUCGCGCAGAGCAAAUAGAACGAACUCCAGACGAAAAUAAAUUAGAAAGAAGUAUUCGAAAGCAUGGCACAGCAAUCUUAAGCGACUUUUUAAUAACGGAAAAACACUUGACGACCUGGACAGGUAUUUCUUCGAUGAAGCUACUGGAGGUGUUAUGCGCAAUGGCGAGAACAAUGGAAGAUAACGUAUAUCCGAAAAGCUAUAAAAUGCACAUCACGGAUAGAAUCAUUUUGACAUUAGUAAAAGUGAAGCAAAAUAUUUCAUUUUCUGCUUUGUCAACCAUAUUCUGCAUUUCUCCAACAACGGCUGCCGAGUACUUUUAUCAUACAGUCCAAGUACUGGCAGAAAUACUAGGUACGAUGAUAUACUGGCCAUCUCGAGAAGAAAUAAAGCAGAAUAUCCCACAUUGCUUCAAAGGAAAAUUCGAAAAUGUCCGUUGCAUUCUCGACUGUACGGAAAUCAGUAUCACGUCUCCAAACUGUUUAAAUUGCAGAAUAGCUUGUUAUUCAAAUUACAAGCAUAAGCGAACAGUUAAAAUUUUGCUGGGUGUUACUCCGGCCGGACUAAUAAGCUUCUGUAGUCGUGCGUAUUCGGGAAAGUCAUCCGAUAAAUUCAUUUUUAAUAAAGAGAAUUUUAUCGACAAGCUAGAAAAACAUCAAGAUGCCAUUAUGACUGAUAAAGGAUUCGCCAUCGAAAAAGAAUGUGCCGAGAAAGGAAUUCGACUACACAUUCCACCUUUCCUGCGGGAAAAAAAACUAAGUGCGGAAGAUGCUCUACUUAAUGAAUCUAUUGCAAAGGCUCGCGUGCACGUGGAACGUGCAAUUUCGAGGAUGAAAUCGUUCGGAGUUUUACAGGGAAGCAUAGACCCGAGUGUAUUGAGACACAUAGAUGACAUUAUGAAAAUUAUUUGCGGGAUUGUAAAUCUUUCGGCACCUAUCUUAAAAGAUGACAAAUUCUAAGAAGAUUUAAUCCACGGUUAUUGUAUUUUUGUUAUUCACGCGAUAGCCUCAUAAUAGCCUGUUCAGAUUAAAAAAAUCAUCACAUGAUAAAGACUAUCUUGAUGGCAAAGUGGACCCAUCUCAUUAUUAUUCAAUAUGAUAUCACGGGUGUAAAAGCAAUCAGAAUAGCCUAUUAUAUACCCACAGAUAUGGUAUACAAGUUGUAUGUUGAAUAAAACCCAUUAAUAAUACCCUUAA